CUCUCUCUUUUAAAACAUCCUCUGAAAGAGAGCAAAAGCUGAGGAAUUUAUAAAGAGAAAGAGAGGCGUAGUAAAGUGUAACAAUGGUUUCUAGGGAGCACAAGAAAGCAGCAGCAGCAGCACUGCAUCAGAAGCUGCAACUUCUUCGUUCCAUUACUAAUUCUCAUGCUCAUAACAAAACGUCAAUCGUUAUUGAUGCAUCAAAGUACAUUGAAGAUCUGAAAAGAAAAGUAGAAAAAUUGAAUCAAGAUAUAGAGGCCUCAGCGCAAACUUCCAGUCAUGACCAAAAUCCACUGCCUAUGGUUUCCGUAGAAACCCUAGAAAAAGGUUAUCUGAUUAAUGUAUAUUCUGAUAAGAGUUGUCCUGGAUUGCUCGUCUCUAUAUUGGAAGCUUUUGAAGAACUCUCUCUAAAUGUGCUCCAAGCUAGGGUUUCUUGUACGGACAGUUUUCAAUUAGAAGCCAUUGGAGGAGAAAAUGAAGACGAUGGUGAAAUUGUUGAUGCUCAAGUUGUAAGACAGGCAGUGGUGCAGGCUAUUAAGAGAUGGAGUAAAAGCAUGAAUUGAUCAGUAAUUUAUUAAAUCCAAUGUCAUGUAUAUUUUAUUCUCAUCUGUUUGUAGAUGGUUGGAUUAACUCAAGGAACCAGUCAUCCAUGUUUAGGCUACAUAUUAAGUGGAUUGUCAAGAAUUAAUGGAUCACUUGAAUGCAUGAAAUUAAUAUGUACUAGGUUAUUGUGGAUGAUUUCCUAGUUACUGUUUGUAGCUA